AUGAAGUUCAGCAAGACAUUACAGGAGCGGGCGCACCCCAAAUAUAGAGAAUAUUACAUCGCCUACAAGGAAUUGAAAAAAGCCAUCCGGUUGAUAACAGGGAAAGACACCUCCACGUUCACCAUAAAGGAAGUAACAACCAACUUUGGAAACACGCGAGGGGUGAGUGGAGCAGAGUACCAGUCGGCUGAGUCCAGGUUCCAGAACAUUCUAAAUGAAGAACUUGAUAAAAUUAACAACUUCACGAGAAAAAUGAUAAAGGAGUGGUACGAAGACGCACAGAUUUGUCUGCAGAAAUUGCAAAAAGGAAACUCUGUACUAGACACACCUCAAAUUGUAAAGAAACUGAACCACUUGGGAAGUACCUUGAUGUUUCUUCAGAGCUACAGAAUAAUUAACUUCACAGGAUUCAGAAAAAUUACGAAAAAAUUUGACAAACACAAUGAUAAAGUUGUUAGUUCAUCCUUCUACAUCACUGUCGUCAUCAAGAGUUUCUUCAUGGCCUACGAUAUAAAUCUCCUUGUGUGCAUUUUAUCUCUUUGCUACAAGCACUAUAGGGAGGUUCGAAAAGUGGCCUCUGUAAACAUUUCCACGGGAGAUAACCUCGAGGGGAAAUUAACUCUCCAUCGGGGAGCUACAACAACGCAGAACCUUCCCCCGAGACCACCAGGGGAGGACCAUUCCAGGGAGGAGCACCACGAAAUGGAAAGUACAUCCAUCUUGUACAGGAAAAACAGAAACAGAUAUUCCCAAAGUUCAGAAUCACAUACUAAUGCAAGUGCCAGUGCGGUUUCCUCUUCACCGAAGAACAAUGUACACCAACUCUCCAAUGAAGAGAACACACAAAAAACCAUUAAGCACACCAAAUAUAUAGUAAAGGCACAGAACCUAAUGAAUGUAAAAGUAGAGAUAAGUAAAUACUAUACCUUCCAUUAUUACGAUUUGAAGGAACAUGAAUUGAUUCCCCCCUUCGAAGAGUUCAUAGAACUAAUUUCCACGUCGAAGAUACAAAACGACCUAACGACCAUCUAUUUUGAUGAUUCUAUGUUUAGUAGGUACCACAAGUAUGUGAAUGGGAGUAGUGAGAAUGGUAGGACUAGCGAAUGUAUUCGGUUACGAAGUUAUAGAUACAUAGAUGCACAGAAAGAAUCGACAAAAACGGUUAUUCAACAUUUUAAUUUAUUUGAACCUAGCUCUGACAGUAAUGAGAAGUAUGUCUUCGCCAAAGAUGUCCCGCAGAAGAAUCUCAAAAUAUAUUGCGUGAACGAUCUGUACAACCUGAGGAAGGGAUAUACCUCCUCCGAUUCUUCCCAUUCAGUUCAUGGUUCAGAUUCUCUACAACUGCAAAAUUAUGAACAGUGCAUCCAUGAGGUAGAGAAGAAUAACCUAAAUGCAUGUCUCAAAAGUAAAGUAAAUAGAAUCCACUUUGGUGAUGAUAACGUUAGUGGCUACAUCGACGAGAAUAUCUGCUACUGGGUUUAUACAGAUAAGGGAACCAUUCACGGGUGUGAUGAGUUGGACUCUGUGGAUGGAGACAACAGUGAAUUGGAUGAACCGAACAAAGGAAAACAACAUAACCCUAUCACAAGUGAAGGACACCACGAUACGGGGGAGUACAAAAUAUGCAAUGAAGAAGAAACCACCACAAAGGGAAGGAGAAAAUACGCCUACUUCGACUAUGCAGUUAUCGAUAUCAGCGUGAAGCAGAUCUCCAACAUAGAUUUCUCCUUCCAACUGAACAAUCUAGGAGUAGUGAAAGAAAUUUGGGGGUACUCUUCCUACCUGCAAGGCAUCUCUAUGCUUUACCCACACCGUAUUUCGACAGCCCCCCACUGGCGCAUCUACACGCACCCCGACUUGGCAAAAUUAAACGGAGAGGAAAAUUCCAUCAGGGGAAUGAAAAAGACGAAGAAGGAAGUAGUACAAGUAGGAAUAAGCCAAAAUGAAGCGAAGAAAAGGAAAAAUAAGAAAAUCAAAAGUGGGAAUCUGCAAGGAAAAGGAAGUAACAAAUCACUUGUAUCCGAAGAGGAUAAUGAUACAGAACUCAGCUCUAGCGAAAAUACAGUCGAAUACACAGAAAGGGUAGAGAAAAAUCUUAAUGGAAAAAAAGAUGAAAAUAAAAAGGGAAUCACCUACACUGGUGCAUCUGCAAGAAUUGCUCACGAAAGUGAAGUGAUUUUUCGAAACGAGAUUGAAAAGAAUAAACUUACAUCUACUCGUCACAUCCAUUUAAACAUUGGUAGACUAGGUAGUGGUGACUACUGGAAUAGCGGGGGGGAUUGCAUUCGUGCACCAUACAGUGGAGACUGUAACAACAACCCCAAGAUGAAGUCUCAGGAAAAGGAAAUACAAUCCACAAUUAGACAUACUCUUGCAGAAGACAACAACCUGUAUGAACCUCUUCUAGACCCUAUGGAGGAGACUCCUUCUAAGGGUAAUAAAUCCUCAUCCUGUAAAAUCAGCUCCUUUUUCAAGAGAAUAUUUUUCCGUAAAAAUAAUAUCGUUCAGAUAAAAAGGCCUAAAACUGCAGUCGUGAGAGUGGAACCCAAGACAUUUUUUGCCAAUGAAAGAACCCUACUGCAGUGGCUGAACACCAGUGUUCUCCUCUCAACCAUAUCUAUCACCCUUUUGAAUUUUUCCAACUCAUAUGGAUUCGCCUCUGGAGUUAUCAUGGCCCCUGUGGCCAUUUUCUUCAUCCUUUACUCCUUCUACAUUUAUCUGAAGAGAGCAGAAGCGCUCAUCAACAAGGAACCUAUCAACUACACGGACAAGGUGGGCCCCGGGGUACUUGUCAUUACCCUGACCUUCGCCCUGUCCACCGUCGUCCUGCUGAAUAUUUAUAGCCGCUUGAAGGGGGAGGUGUGA